UAUUACUCACAACGCGUUUACCCCCCGGACGAGCUGGUCGCCACCGCUCGUCGUUUCGUGUGUUUGUGGUUUUUGUGAAGUGGGUGCCUCACCGAGCCUUUGGUCCCGGUCGCAGAUUCGGGCUGCACCCAGCCGCAUAGCGGCUCACCAACUUUUUUGUUUUUAUUUCGUCAGUGAACUGUGUUACCUUUUUCGUUAACCCAGUGAAAAAGUGACAACAGUGAAGUGAGCAAGUGAUAGUGUCAACAUGGCGUUCUCUGGAUUAUCCGCCCUCGUGGCACUGAUCGCAUUAGGAUCAGUGGCAUGCGAGGACGAGACGAUAGGCCCUAUAUUCAUAAAGGAGCCCCCGAAUCGAGUAGAUUUCAGCAAUACGACCGGCGCUGUGGUGGAAUGUGCGGCCCGAGGCUCCCCUGCCCCCGACGUCAUCUGGGUCCGCUCGGACGGCACUGCUGUUGGCGACGUUCCUGGAUUGAGACAGGUUCUACCGAAUGGCAACUUGGUGUUCCCCCCUUUCCGCGCGGAGGACUACCGACAAGAAGUGCAUGCGCAGGUAUAUGCUUGCUUAGCUCGGAACCCCGUCGGUACCAUACAUUCCCGGGAUGUCAACCUGCGAGCUGUGGUUUCUCAGGCAUACGCUGUCAAUCUCAUGGAAGAAUAUGUUUUACGUGGGAACGCUGCUAUUCUGAAAUGUCAUAUCCCUAGCUUUGUUUCGGAGUAUGUUACUGUAAUAUCAUGGAUCAUCAGCGAGGAUUCAAACGAGCUUGAAAUUAAAAUUGAAUCUGCUCAGAAUAAAGAUGAGGGAAAAUAUUUAGUACUGCCUUCUGGUGAAUUGCAUAUUAGAGAUGUGGGACCUGAAGAUGGAUACAAAUCUUACCAAUGUCGGACUAAGCAUAGACUUACCGGAGAAACUAGACUUUCAGCAACCAAAGGACGAUUGGUUAUCACCGAACCAACUAAUAAGAUUCCACCUAGAAAAGAUUCAGCUAAAGACUUUGAAGGUUGGAAAGUCUUCAACGUACCACAAAAUAGUGUGGCUUAUUUGACCUGCCAAGUGACGGCAUUUCCAGUACCAUUGUUUAGAUGGUAUAAAUUCAUUGAUGGAACGCCUCGCAAACAGCCAGUUACCCUUAACGACAGAGUUAAACAAGUCUCAGGUACACUUAUUAUUAAAGAAGCAAAAGUUGAGGACUCCGGAAAAUACUUGUGCGUAGUUAAUAAUUCUGUCGGAGGAGAGUCAGUAGAGACAGUUUUGACAGUCACGGCUCCCCUGAAAGCCACUGUAGAACCAGCCACCCAAACGGUAGACUUUGGACGCCCUGCUGUAUUUACUUGCAAGUACGAAGGAAAUCCUGUCAAAACAAUUACAUGGUUGAAAGAUGGCAAGGAUAUGAAACAUCAUGACCCCCUACUGAGGAUAGAGUCUGUCAAAAAAGAAGAUAAGGGAAUGUACCAAUGCUUCAUUCGCAAUGACCAGGAAAGUGCCGGAGCAAGCGCUGAGCUUAAACUUGGUGGACGAUUUGAACCUCCGCAAAUAAGGCAUAGCUUUGGCGAGCAGACACUGCGAUCCGGCCCGUCCCUCCGGCUAAAAUGCGUGGCGUCCGGCAAUCCCACCCCCGAUAUCACUUGGCUGCUCGACGGAGAGAAGAUGUCCAGCGGAGAGAGGUUACAAAUAGGACAAUUCGUUACUGCUGAUGGCAAUGUCGAAUCGCACCUUAACAUCUCUUCAGUUCAGACCAAUGAUGGUGGAUUAUAUUCCUGUAUCGCUAUGAGCAAGGUAGGCAGCGCAUCUCACUCGGCCCGUGUCAACGUGUACGGCCUGCCUUACAUCCGACCUAUGAAGAAGCGCCCCGUCGUCGCCGGAGACACCCUGGUUGCCCACUGCCCCGUCGCCGGCUACCCUAUUGACUCCAUUGUUUGGGAGAGAGAUGGAAGAGUUCUGCCCAUCAACCGCAAACAAAAGGUGUUCCCCAACGGCACCCUGGUGAUCGAGAACGUGGAACGCAUCAGCGACCAGGCCACCUACACAUGCGUCGCGAAGAACUCCCAGAGUUACACCGUGAAGGGAAACCUUGAACUUCAAGUCAUGGUUCCACCGGUAAUUGUACCGUUCAGUUUCGGAGAAGCACCAUCAAAUCCGGGUGACGCCGUGGUAGUCAACUGCGUCGCUACGAAAGGAGACCUUCCCCUCGACAUUUCCUGGACUUUCAGCAGUGAAACAAUUGAUUCGAGCCUCCAUCGAGAUAUCACCACGUUACCGCUCGGGCCACGCGCCUCUGCUUUGACAAUCAACUCUGUGAGCGCAAACCAUCAGGGAAACUACACCUGUAUCGUGCAGAACGCGGCCGGCCGCGCUGAGUACGCUGCAACUCUCGUCGUCAACGUUCCCCCUCGCUGGAUUCUUGAACCAACUGAUAAGGCUUUUGCCCAAGGUUCAGAUGCUAAGGUUGAAUGCAAAGCCGAUGGUUUCCCCAAGCCUCAAGUCACAUGGAAGAGAGCUGAAGGGGAUACACCUGGCGAUUACAAAGACCUUAAACCAAAUAACCCAAAUGUAAAAGUUGAGGAUGGCACAUUAAGUAUAGCUAAUAUUCAGAAGACGAAUGAAGGAUAUUAUCUUUGCGAAGCUGUUAACGGGAUCGGAUCUGGUUUAUCUGCUGUCAUCCUAAUUAGUGUUCAAGCUCCACCUCAAUUCGAAAUUAAAAUGAGAAAUCAGACUGCUCGACGAAGUGAACCAGCUGUACUGCAAUGUCAAGCCAAAGGAGAAAAGCCAAUCGGCAUCAUCUGGAACAUGAACAACAAACGGCUAGAACCCAAGGCCGACCCGCGCUACACCAUCCGCGAGGAGAUCUUACCCGGGGGCGUCGUGUCGGAUCUUAGCAUCCGACGGACCGAACGGUCGGACAGCGCUCUGUUUACGUGUGUCGCGACUAACGCCUUCGGCUCUGAUGAUACUAGUAUCAAUAUGAUCAUUCAAGAGGUCCCUGAAGCACCCUACGGCCUGAAAGUCUUGGAUAAAUCUGGACGAACUGUGCAACUGUCGUGGGCCGCCCCUUACGAUGGCAACUCGCCUAUCAAGAAGUUCCUCAUUGAAUACAAACGUGCCAAGGGCAAUUGGGAAAAAGAUAUUGACAGAGUUCUUGUACCUGGUGACGCUACCGAAGCCGGCGUAUUCAGCCUACGACCAGCCACCGCUUACCACAUUAGAAUCGUCGCUGAAAAUGAUCUUGGAACUUCUGAGCCUUCUGAAACUGUCACUAUCAUUACUGCUGAAGAAGCCCCUACAGGCCCACCUCAAGAUGUGAAGGUAGACGCUAUAGAUAAGCACACCCUGCGAGUUACGUGGAAACCACCCCCACCACAGGACUGGAAUGGAGAGCUUCAAGGAUACUAUGUUGGCUACAAACUAGCGUCAAGCAACAAAUCUUUCGUAUUUGAAACCGUCGAUAUUUCAAAGGAAUCUGGCAAGGAACACCAUCUGGAUAUUUUGAACUUGAAAACAUACACACAAUACGCCAUGGUGGUCCAAGCUUUCAACAAGAUGGGGUCUGGCCCCGUGUCUCCUGAAGUGCGAGCCUACACCGCCGAAGGAGCACCGUCCGCGCCCCCACAGGAUGUCCUCUGCACGACCCUCACUGCGCAGACUAUCCGCGUCUCCUGGGUUUCUCCACCUCUCGCCGCUGCUAAUGGACUGAUCAAAGCUUACAAGGUUAUCUAUGGACCCAGCGACACCUGGUAUGAUGAGAAGACGAAGGACACAAAGAUUACAGCAAGCAGCGAAACCAUUCUUCACGGCUUGAAGAAGUUCACCAACUACUCGAUGGAAGUACUUGCUACCACCAACGGUGGCGAUGGAGUCCGCGCUUCGCCUAUUCAUUGUCAGACUGAACAGGAUGUACCCGAAGCUCCGCGUGCCGUGAAAGCUCUCGUGAUGGGAGUUGAUUCGAUUCUCGUAUCAUGGCGUCCUCCAGCGCAACCCAAUGGAGUUGUUACCCACUACAACGUCUACACCCAGGCACAAAACGCAGAACCACAUCCCAACAAGGUACCCGCAACUCAGACCAGCUACUCUGCCACCGAUCUAAAGCCCGGCCGUUACGAUUUCUGGGUAACCGCUUCAACCAUCAUCGGAGAAGGACAACCCUCAGCCACUGCAUCUUGUAGCUCCAGUGAUAAGGUUCCCGCUAAGAUCGCUUCGUUCGACGAGUCGUUUGUUGCUACGUACAAGGAAGAUGUCAAGUUGCCUUGCCUUGCUGUUGGCGUGCCCCCGCCUAACAUUCUUUGGAAGGUGAAAGGUCACCCCCUUGAAGCCCUGGAGCGAAUCCGGCAACUUCCCGACGGCUCUCUACAGAUCGCGGGGGUGGCGCGCGAGGACGCCGGCGAGUACUCCUGCCACGUCGACAACCAGUUCGGAACCGAUACUGUUACACACACGCUUUCUGUACUUGCUCCGCCAUUCCCGCCACAACUGACGAUCGCAUCAUCAUCGGUGUCAUCGCUGACGCUGCGCCUGAAACCGUCCGCGGACGUCGACCAGUCCCCCGCCGCCGGCUACACCAUACACUACAAGCAGGAGUUCGGCGACUGGGAAACUGUACAGAUUCCUGCCAAUACUGACACCUACACUUUGGAAAAUCUAUUCUGCGGUUCAAAGUACCAACUUUACGUCACGGCAUACAAUAGUAUCGGCACUGGCGAGGCGUCAGACGUGGUGUUCGCCGGCACACGCGGCUCCAAGCCGCCAGUGCCGCGCGCUGCCGAUUUCAUCGAAGUGGGAAGCUCCUCCGUCACGUUGCAUCUGAAACAAUGGCUUGAUGGUGGCUGCCCUAUGAGCCAUUUCGUCGUCGAGAACAAGAAGAAGGGUACUGCUGAAUGGAAUCAAAUAUCGAAUGCUGUAAAACCAGGCGGCAACUUCGUAGUUUUGGACUUAGAACCUGCUACAUGGUACACCCUGAGGAUCACGGCGCACAACAACGCUGGUUUCAAUGUGGCCGAGUAUGACUUCGCCACCCUAACCAUGACUGGCGGUACAAUUGCUCCUCUACCGAAUAACGUUGACAGUGGGAAGGACCUACCUGUUUGGAUUAAAGCCUGGCUGGAGCCAGAAGUUCUGGUACCUAUCCUGGCGACGAUCGUGGUCUUUAUUGUGGGAGUGGUGGUGAUUUGCCUGACUUUGGCGAGAAGAAACACCCCUCACCGGCUGCGAGGUCAGAAGGACGUGUACUAUGACGCCGUGUACAAUGCUUCCCAAGCUGCCAUGGGCGGCGGCGGCGGCACCCUGGACAAACGCGGAGGCCUGCGCGACGAGCUCGGCUACAUCGCCCCCCCUAACCGCAAACUGCCCCCCGUACCUGGCUCCAACUACAACACUUGCGACCGCGUCAAACGGCAAGCCGUCAUUAUGGGUGCGCACUCUACGUGGGACCCGCGUCGGCAUCACUACGAGCGCGUGCGCCGCACGCGCCUGCGCAGGACCGGCUCCGGCGAUACCAUCUCCACAGGCAUGGAAGACGAGAUCUGCCCGUACGCGACCUUCCACCUUCUGGGCUUCCGCGAGGAGAUGGACCCGAGCAAGGCGCUGGCGUUCCCCCACCACCACGCGGCGCAUGCCGGCACUCUAGCGCAUCCGCACCCCCACCACCCUGCCCACUCUCGCGCCGGUUCUCAGAGUAUGCCCCGAGCCAACAGCCGCUAUGCCCGCAAGAACUCGCAAGGAGGGCAGAGCGCCAUCUACUCAACUGCACCUGAAUACGAUGACCCUGCCACGUGUGCUGAAGAAGACCAAUACCGCGCCCGCUAUUCCCGCCCGAUGUACGCCUGCGGCCCUGAGUACGACGAGCCAGCUUGCUGCGCCCCCGAGGAUGAGCAGUACACCGGCGCUUACGGAACCCCCUACUCUGACCACUAUGGCUCCCGACCCAGCAUUGGAACCCGCAAAUGCGGCGGCUCCCCCGAGCCUCCCCCGCCCCCGCCCCGCAACAACACCGACAAUAACUGCUCCUCUUCCUUCAACGAGAGUAAGGACUCCAACGAGAUAUCCGAAGCUGAGUGUGACCAGCCACGCAACUACCCUGUCAGGGCCCACACAGCCAAGGACGGCAUGCACAGCGAAGAAAUGAGGAAACUCAUUGACAGACCAGAAACAACCACCCCAAUCCCCCAGCAAGCAAUCCACGGGCGGGGACUCACAGCCUACGAUACUGUGGCAGUGUAACCUGUAAACCCAGGACGCGGCGCGACACACGGACUCACCGCUCAUCUUAUGGUCAUCAUCUUGCUGAGGAACUGCUAAUCGCUUCAUAUAUACUUUCUUACGGCUCUUCUUUUUCGUAUAGCCGCUUCCGCUGCGGCUCUAUUCAGCAAGAUAAUGACUCGUGCCAAAUUCCAUCAUGCUAAUUAUUUUUUCAUCGUGUGUCGAAUAUUUUGUGUUGCUCUUUACGAUUGAGUUUAUCCCAACUUAGUUGGCUGGAUUUUUUUUUGUAGUUUUAAGAAGCGCACCGGCGUGCCAUAAUGUUCGUUUGAUCAUCAUUACGGUCAGUGGCGAUAUUGUUGUUGGGUUUAAUGAUAUAGAAUUUCCUUCUAAAAUCUAUUUUACGCGUCACUUAUGUUACCAUUUAACAGAAAAAUAAGGUUGUGGUAGUUAUUUCAAAUUUAUAUAUUUUCAUUAGGCAGGUGACGCGUAGUGUAACUUCCAAAUUAGUAUAAUUAAGUACCUUCCUCAACGCCCAACAGACAUGUUGCCACAGAACUGUAUCCUGUACUGAGUCAAGGAUUUCAUUUUUGAUCUUAUUUGUUUAGCUUAAUUUAAAGAGAGUAAAAAUGAAUUAAGUAGAAGGCUAAGGGGUGUUUGAUAGUUGAAAUUUAAAUUAAGCUCAACAUGUAAUAAUGUGAUAUUUUUGUAUUUUACCCUCUUUAAUUUUGACUAAUGUAAUACUAAGGUACGUUAUUUAUAUUUGUGUAUUGAUGUGAAGAUUUUUUUAGUUAGGUAUACAACAACCGCCCGGUUGUCACAAUGCUUCCUUUUUAAUGUUAAUCUUUAUUUUACCAUGUAUUUUUUGUAUAAUUGUGAUUUGUUUUCAAUUUUUGCUGCGUUUACGCAUACACUAUUUAAAGUAUAGAUUAAUAAUAAGUAUCUUUUUAUAGUAUGGUAAUUAAUCAACUUUUAAACAAAGUACCUACUACAUAUAAUCCGUAGCUAGUUAGAAACAUAUGUAUUACACGAUAUUAUAUGUAACAUUAAUCAGAUAAUUUGUUAACUCACACAAUAAAAAUACGAAAUUGCCAUUAUGCAUAAAGUUACCCAAGCAUAAAUGUUUAAUACCUAUGAUGAAUAUAAUAUGAAUACAAUAUUUACUGAUUUCAAAUGGAAUUCAAACUUUUAAGAUUACUCUAGUGUGCUAAGGUGCAUUUUUAUUAAUCAUAAUCGUAAUUUUACCCUCUAUAUAUGCAAACGACUAGGUAUAAGUGAAGGAGGUGGCAUUUUCUAGAUGUUUCCUUAUAUGUUGUGCAUUGUCAUGUAAGCUUCGCAAAGUAGGCUUGUAGUUAGGUUCUUGCGACUUCCUAGCAAUCGAUAGCUUCUUCUAACCUUCCAAUUAGAUAUUUGCGAUUAAAGUAACUUAGUUAAAAAUAAUGUCUAUAAAUGAUAAAAAUAUUCGAAAUUAUUACGAAAAAUUAAUAUGAAAAUAUUCAAUAGCCUGCGAUAAUUUUCAAUUUUAAGAGUGUGUUCAGGGAUUUGUUUUGAUUUGCAUUUCAAAGCUCGGGUUUAAUUAGCGAAUGUCGGAAAUAUUUUUUAGCAAUGAUAGCUAAACUUACGCAACUAACUGUUUGUACCAAAGUGUUUGUGUUGAAUAAAUUAUUCAAACGUCAACUAAA